GCUCUCUUCCUCCUGCGCUCCGCGUCUACCCGUGCGUCCGCGCGGCUCCCCGACAUGGAGAGCAAGACUCUGCUCCUGGUGGUCCUGGGCGCGUGGCUCCAGAGCCUGACCGCCUCCCGCGGAGGGGUGGCCGCCGCCGACCGAAACGACUUCCUCGACAUCGAAAGUAAAUUCGCCCUGCGGACUCCGGAGGACACAGCUGACGACACCUGCCACCUGGUGCCUGGGGUGGUGGAGUCUGUGGCCAACUGCCACUUCAACCACAGCAGCAAGACCUUCGUGGUGAUCCACGGCUGGACGGUGACCGGCAUGUAUGAGAGUUGGGUGCCGAAACUUGUGGCCGCCCUGUACAAGAGAGAACCAGACUCCAACGUCAUUGUGGUGGACUGGCUGUUACGGGCCCAGCAGCACUACCCGGUGUCUGCAGGCUACACCAAGCUGGUGGGAAAGGAUGUGGCCAGGUUUAUCAACUGGAUGGAGGAGGAAUUUAACUACCCCCUGGACAAUGUCCACCUCCUGGGCUAUAGCCUAGGGGCUCAUGCUGCUGGCAUUGCUGGAAGCCUGACCAACAGGAAAGUCAACAGAAUCACGGGCCUAGACCCAGCAGGACCCAACUUCGAAUACGCCGAAGCUCCGAGUCGCCUUUCCCCAGACGAUGCAGAUUUUGUCGACGUCCUGCACACGUUCACCAGAGGGUCUCCCGGUCGGAGCAUUGGGAUCCAGAAGCCCGUGGGCCACGUUGACAUUUAUCCCAACGGGGGCACUUUUCAACCCGGGUGUAACAUCGGUGAAGCCAUCCGCGUGAUCGCCGAGCGAGGCCUUGGAGAUGUGGACCAGCUUGUGAAGUGCUCCCACGAGCGCUCCAUCCACCUCUUCAUCGACUCGCUGCUGAAUGAGGAGAACCCCAGCAAGGCCUACCGGUGCACCUCGAAGGAGGCCUUUGAGAAGGGGCUGUGCCUGAGCUGCCGGAAGAACCGCUGCAACAACCUGGGCUAUGAGAUCAACAAGGUCCGGGCCAAAAGGAGCAGCAAGAUGUACCUGAAAACUCGCGCCCAGAUGCCCUACAAAGUCUUCCAUUACCAAGUAAAGAUCCACUUUUCCGGGACCGAAAGCCAAACGCAGACCAACCAGGCCUUCGAGAUCUCUCUGUACGGCACCGUGGCCGAGAGUGAGAACAUUCCCUUCACCCUGCCCGAGGUGUCCACCAACAAGACGUACUCCUUCCUCAUCUACACAGAAGUGGACAUUGGGGAGUUGUUGAUGAUGAAACUCAAGUGGAACAGCGACUCGUACUUUAGCUGGUCCAACUGGUGGAGCAGCCCUGACUUCACCGUUGCGAAGAUCAGGGUGAAGGCAGGAGAGACUCAGAAAAAGGUGAUCUUCUGUUCCAGGGAGAAAGUGUCCCACCUGCAGAAAGGAAAGGCGGCCCUGGUGUUUGUGAAAUGCCACGACAAGUCUCUGAACAACAAGUCAGGCUGAAACUGAGAAAAUCUACAGGCAAAAAAGAAAAAAAGAACAGCAUAUGAACUCGGGAAGCAUGAAGCAACUUUUACACAAGAUGCCUGGUGCUUUGGGUGUUGGAAAGGGGAUUCUUUUGAAUAUUAAUCCCAGCUCUAUCCUUGUCCAUUGCUUUUAGGAGGCAGUUUUGGAUAUUAAAAUGUGGCUGAUUUCACGUGAGGAGUACAGUGGCCAAACAGCACAUUCUGCAAACUUCGGAGACAGUGGCUAUGACGCGCACUGCAUUAGGUUCUUUGCCAAAAACAUAAGGAUAGUUUGGGUCUAUAGUUAAACACGGUUCCUUCACGGGGCGCGAUGGCCAUAGCCUAGGACCUGCUAUUUAACUGGGAUUCUAGACUCUCUGGAUUUACGCUGUCUCGAGGUUUUCUCUUAAAUCUGAAUCUGAGAAAUGGUUUUCUGUGCCAUGAGUCAGACCUAUUUACUUAGCAGUGAAAAUACCUGACUUUUUCCAGUGGUUCUUUCCUGGGCCAUUAGGAUGUGGCCCAGGAAUGAACCAGGAUGGGAAGAGAGGGACAGAGAAUGGGGCUGAUGGAGCUGAGCUUCUAACCCGUCUGUGCUGCCAGCCAGCAUUAAGACAGUUAAAAGGGCAAGGAGACACAUAACUUAGAUCAACUAAUUCCUAAUGGGCUUUGCUGUUCAUUGCUUCAUCUUUCUCCUCCUCUCUCCCCUCCUCUUCCUCCCUCCCCUCCUCCUCCUCCUCCUCCUCUUCCUCCUCCUCCUCCUCCUGUUUUUCUUGUCUCAUGAUUUCAUUUUCAUAACAUCAGGUAGCUGGUGGAGAUGAACCUGUGAUACUCGGCUAUCCUAAGCCGAGUGGUGCAGAGAGAAAAUGACACCAUCGUUGUAUUGUGUGAUCCUGCAAAUUCUUUUCAUGGAUUUGAAAUCAUUUUACGCCCAAUCGUUAGCAUGCAGUUCUAGGCUAAUCUACAUCACGCUUCAGUUAUCCUUUGAGUGCGUGUCUUUUGUUUCGGGCUUGGCCAACGAAGCGUGUAUUUGAGUUCAACUUUUGCAGCAUGCACACUCUCACAAACUUUACUCAAGGGCCGUACUGAGCAAACAGCUGGAAACGUUACUGGGCGAGACGCACGAGCAGUGCUCACACACCACCAUGUACAAGGCUGAGGCCUCUCCACCGAUGCAGCAGCUGCCGGAGAGUGCCUGAGCAAUGAUUGAUGGACUGUGGACCUGGUCUCCUAGUUUUCGGAUGCUCGUCUACAUCUUAAUAUAAAGCAAUCAAGAAGUCAACUAGCUCAGAGGCUCUUGCUGGGGACCGACUGGGAACGUGUGGGUAUCGGCAGCCCUAGCUCCCACAGGGAGCCCACGUGUGUGCUCCUCGGGCACCCUGGUUUGGAAGGUGGCCUGUCACGGAUGCCCUGUGCCAGGGAUUUUAGGAGAGAGGGUUGUGUGUGUGUGGGUGUCACGUAGGACAAAUGUUGUUACUGUCACCAUCAGGCUUGGAAUGAAUUCCCUCUCCAAAUAAAAUUGAUGUGUUGUCUGUUAUUGGCAUUCCCCUAGUAUUGCUACCACAUUCACUUCCUGGAUUUGGGUUUGGACUGCAGGUGCAUCAAAGAUUCAUCCAAUGCCCACACAGCACUGGGAACUCUGGCUUCUAAAGACUUGGCUAUCGAUAUCGGCGACGCUAUGGCUUCAAGUUUUAUUUAUUAGCUAUAAAUGUAUGUGUGGGUGUGUAGUGGGGUGUGUAGAUAGUGGGAAGGUUAUCGUGGCUACCUGCCUUCGCGGAUGUGUGGUGUGUAUGUCGCGGGUGUCUUUCAGCAGCGUUGGUCUCGUAAUCCAAUGAAAUGAGCUUUCUGGAAAAAAAAAAGGAAGAAAUUUGCUUACCUAUGUGAUACAUUGGAAUUUGCUUUUAAUAAAAUGGACAUUUUGUUACAACACAAA